GGAUCCUGGGUAAAAAGUGGCCGCGCGGCACCGGGAGAGCGCGGAGAGGAGCCGGGGUCAGGGGUCACGGCCCUGGAGCCCCGCGUGCAGAGCCCCCCACGUGAACGCAGCGAGCAGGAGGAACCUUUUUGUUUUCGACCGUGCCAGCAUGCUCCCCUAUUGACCGAGCUGCAUUUCCUGGGCUGCUGGGGAGAGCAGCUCCAUUGCGGAGCUCCUAACCCCACCCCCCCUCUUCCACCGCCAACACACUUCCCAACUCAACCCUUCCUCUCAACUCUCAUCCCAGCCCCCCCGUCCUGAGCUUGCAAUAACGCAGUAAAUUUGCUUUAACAACAAGUGGGGGUGGUUGAAUUUACUCCUCCCUCUCCUCUCUCCUCCCCCUCCUCUUGCUGCGGUUCUUGACACUACUACAAACCAGGACUAUAAACAUAAACAUGUGUCACUGUAACAGGGCAGGUUCCCAGUAGCUGCAGCAGUGAAAGACAGUGAUUGGCUCCAGUGCUCCUAGAAGGAUUUGGGCUGAAGCCAGGGGAAGAGAACCAGAAGAGGAUUCCCUUUCCAGAGACCAUCAGGCUCCUCAUGUCUUGUCUCUCCUGUCUCCCCUCGUGGUGGCUCAGGAUUUCAGUAUGGCUGAGCAGCCCAUAGAGUCAGCUGACAUGGUCAACAAAUUUAUCAAAGAAACCCCCUGGCUUUUGAAGAAUAGUACUUUAUACAUCUGGAUCUGCACAUCAGGCAAAGCUCAGAAAUAUCCGUUUAUUCUUUUAAUCACGCGGAUGUGUCUAUUUUUGGAGGAACAAGGAAACACAUAAAUGCCUGGGUUGCAUUUAUGUUGUAGUUGCAAACACCGAACAGUUAAGAAGAUUUUGCCGAAUUUUGCAAAGCAGCCAAGGAGCCGCCUUGGGAUCGUGGUAAUGCGACUGGGGGGACCCUUGCUCUCAUUUGGCAAUAUUUUGGAUAUCCUUGAAAACGACACCAAAAUAUGCCUUAAUUUGACUAAGAAGAGGUUAAACCACAUUGAUUUUCAUCCAAAGUGAUUUUGUUAAAGCAGAUGCUUGACUUUGAUGGAAAAACUGGGAGUUGUGGAAGAUUUACCUAAACUACCAACCAAAAGCAUCACAAACCACUGAAACAGUCUGCAUCGUACAUCAGCACUUUCUUUUCAUUGUUAUUACGUAAAACCUCUGGAAGCACCUUGGGCGUUUGACAGUUUCUUUUCUUUGCUGCAGAAGGAAGCAAUCUGCUCCCUGGAAUUCUGACCUGUGGUGAACAGGACCCUGGCAAAGGCUUUGCUGGGGACUCUUGGACGAUCCCGCCUCCAAUCCAGUACGGUUAAUUGUGGAAAAGUGUACACAUUUCUGGCUUAUCUAUGCUUUGUUAUGGGUCUGACGUGAAACUACCUCCUCCCCACCCCACCCCCCAGCAGAGAACCGAAAUCCAGUUGAAUUGUUACAGUGUUUCGGAGCUGGAGCCUUGAACUGCUUCCUUGGUCAAAUAACUUUGUUUCUGGUUGUAAAAAGGCAUUUCAGGAAAAAAAAAAAAAAAAAAGAAAAUCGAGAGAAAUUCCAAACGUAAGUCCGCACUGGGGUGGUUCACGGGGCGGGUUUAACUUUGGAGCUCCCAGCCGGUCUCCUUCCCCACUCCUGUAAGGGAAAUACCAGGCUAUUCUGCACAUUUUCCCUUAAGCUCCAUUUUCCAAAAGGAAAAGGGGGUGGGGUAUCUCUCUUUCGGCUUGAUAAUGUUUUUUAAAUGCUUUUCUUUGAAAUGAUAAUAGCUGUAUCGGUAAAAUGCAAAUAAACGAAAAAAAUAGGCAGUAUUUCUUUAAAGGCGAAUAUACGGUGCGGUUUUUUUUUUUUCUUCCUUAAGCGUACACACACUGCUUCUGAUGAAGUCUUGUGAGUCAGGCUGUUUCUGAGCUCCGAUAGUUUAAUGGAAAGAUUUAUAUACCGACUGUAUUAUUUACUUUGGGAGGGGAGGUGGCAGUAUAAGGGUAUGCUAAUUAGUGGGAGAUUUUGGGGGGAAGGGGUGGAAUAUCAAUUUUUAUUGCAUCACCUGUCAGGAGUGUCCAAUCAGCGCUGGCUUUAGGGGAAUUAAUUGAUGAAGGUGUCUCCGGACGAGCUCACUUCACUCUGUCAUUUUAUUUGUAGCUAAAGCAGCGGCGGGAAUAGCAGCUGCAUUUCUUUUCUCUUUCUCCCUUCACAUUCCAUUAUCAUAGUGCUCCAAUGGAGAAGGAAGGAAUAGAGGGGCCCAGGUACUGAUCUGCAUCGGGGACUCAGACCAACACACUGGCAGAUCAGAAACCGGAUGGUUUUUUCCCUCUUUUUUAAAAAAACGAAAACAACAACAACAAAAAAGCAAGAAUCAAGUCAGUGUAAUUUCAUGGGGUUUCCCCCCCCAAUAAUUUCGCCUAGAGUUUGGCACUUCCUUCGCCGGGAAUAACAGUCUUUGUUAUUUUAUUAGCAGGAUGCCUUGAGACACACGCAGCAUCUGGCGGAGGAUUAACAUACAUACAUGUGUAUGUAUGCGUCACGUAUAUAUUUACUGCAAAUGGUGGGGAUCAUUUAGUGCCCGAGAUGGGAGACCUGAAGUCAGGUUUUGAAGAGGUGGAUGGCGUGAGGCUCGGCUACCUCAUCAUUAAAGGGAAGCAAAUGUUUGCCCUCUCCCAAGUCUUCACAGAUCUGCUGAAAAACAUCCCGAGGACGACCGUGCACAAGCGCAUGGAUCAUCUGAAAGUGAAGAAGCACCACUGCGAUCUGGAGGAGUUGCGGAAACUCAAGGCAAUCAACAGCAUCGCCUUCCACGCCGCCAAAUGCACGCUCAUCUCCCGGGAAGACGUGGAAGCGCUCUACACCUCCUGCAAAACCGAGCGCGUCCUCAAGACCAAGCGCAGGCGGGUCGGCCGGGCCCUGGCCACAAAGGCGCCGCCGCCAGAGCGCGCCGCUGCCGCCAGCCCCCGCCCGGGAUUUUGGAAGGACAAGCACCAACUUUGGCGGGGCCUGAGCGGAGCCGCGCGGCCCCUGCCAAUCAGCGCGCAGUCCCAGCGCCCGGGCGCCGCCGCCGCGCGCCCCGCCGCCCAUCUACCUCAGAUUUUUAGCAAAUACCCCGGCUCGCACUACCCGGAGAUCGUGCGCUCGCCGUGCAAACCCCCUCUAAACUAUGAAACUGCCCCGCUCCAGGGAAACUACGUCGCCUUCCCCUCGGACCCUGCUUAUUUUCGGAGCCUGCUGUGCAGCAAACACCCGGCAGCCGCCGCCGCCGCCGCCGCUGCCGCCGCCGCCGCCGCCGCCGCCGCCGCCGCCGCCGCCGCCGCCUAUUACCAGGCAUCGGCGGCCGGGCCCCAGCCCAAGGCAGCGGCGGGCGCCGGAGGCCCGGGGAGCCUGAGCUACCGCUGCAAGCGCAAGCGCGGCGGCGCCAAGGACUGCCUGCUCGCGCCUCACGCCGGCGCGCGGCGCCUGCUGCUGUUGCCCAGGUCCUACAAAGCCAAGGCGGCGGCGGCGGCGGCGGCGGCGGCAGCGGCGGCGGCGGCCGCCGCCGGGGCCACUUGCCUGGAGAGGUUUCAUCUGGUCAACGGCUUCUGCCCGCCUCCGCACCACCACCACCACCACCACCAUCACCACCACCACCACCACCACCGGGCCCAGCCGCCGCAGCAGAGUCACCACCCCCCUCACCACCACCGGCCGCAGCCCCAUCUGGGCAGCUUUCCCGAGAGCUGCAGCAGCGACUCCGAGUCCAGCUCCUACUCGGACCACGCGGCCAACGACUCGGAUUUUGGCUCCAGUUUGUCCAGCUCCAGCAAUUCUGUGUCCUCAGAGGAAGAGGAGGAGGAGGGAGAGGAGGAGGAGGAAGAGGAGGAGGAGGAGGAGGAGGGGGGCAGCGGGGCCUCGGAUUCCAGUGAAGUCAGCUCGGAGGAGGAGGACUCGUCCACCGAGUCGGACUCCAGCUCCGGCUCCAGCCAAGUGUCAGUGCAGAGCAUCCGAUUCAGGCGCACCAGCUUCUGCAAGCCUCCCAGCGUGCAGGCGCAGGCCAACUUCUUGUACCAUCUGGCCUCCGCCGCCGCUGCAACCAAACCCGCUGCUUUCGAGGAUGCCGGCAGGCUUCCCGACCUCAAGAGUAGUGUCAAAGCGGAGUCGCCGGAGGAGUGGAAUCUGCAGAGCUGGGCCCCCAAAGCAUCUCCGGUGUACUGCCCGGCCAGCCUGGGGAGUUGUUUCGCUGAGAUAAGGAACGAUAGGGUAUCUGAGAUUACAUUCCCACACUCUGAAAUUUCCAAUGCUGUAAAGAGAACUGACCUGACAAUUAACUGCCUGGCAGAGGGGGCCUCUUCACCUAGCCCAAAGACAAACAAUGCAUUUCCACAACAAAGAAUACUCCGAGAGGCUAGGAAAUGCCUACAAACAACUCCUACUACACACUGUGCAGAUAACAACACAAUAGCUGCUAGGUUCUUAAAUAAUGAUUCUUCAGGAGCAGAAGCAAAUUCAGAAAAAUAUUCCAAAAUCCUUCAUUGUCCUGAAUUUGCUACGGAUUUGCCCUCUUCGCAGACUGAUCCUGAAGUGAACGCUGCAGGAGCAGCAGCAACUAAAGCCGAGAAUCCCUGCACUGACACAGGCGAAAAGACAUUGCCAUUUCUGCACAAUAUUAAAAUCAAAGUAGAAGACAGUAGUGCUAAUGAAGAAUAUGAACCUCACCUUUUUACAAAUAAGCUAAAGUGCGAGUGCAAUGAUACAAAGGGUGAGUUUUACAGUGUGACUGAGAGUAAAGAGGAGGACGCCUUGUUAACCACAGCCAAGGAAGGUUUUGCAUACCCUGAAAAAGAAACUCCUUCCUUAAAUCCACUGGCUCAAAGUCAGGGCCUUUCAUGCACUUUAGGUUCUCCAAAACCUGAGGAUGGGGAAUAUAAAUUUGGUGCCAGGGUGAGAAAAAAUUACCGGACACUAGUACUGGGAAAGCGACCUGUCCUUCAGACACCUCCAGUCAAACCAAAUUUGAAAUCAGCUAGAAGC